AUGGCGCUGCGCUCUCCCUCCAGCACUUCGCCGCAGGAUCUGGGCCCCCGUUAUUCGCCGCCGGCGGACUCUCUGCCUCCCACCUCUCAGGGUGGAUCCAGCAAUGGAGCCAAAGCGGAUGUUGCUAGGAAGGAGUUUGAUCAUUUGCUGGCAAAAUUAAAAAAGGAGGGAGUGCAGAUAGAUGGCAAGAUAGCUAGUAUUAUUGAUGAUGAGAUAGCUAGAAUUAAAGCUGAAGCUAAGAGGGAGAACAUCAUCAAUUGGCUGAAAAGGAACGGACGGCUGGUAAUGCUCACUAUUUCAGCUCUUGCUUUUGGUUUCCUUCUGGGAGGGGAACUUUACGAAAAGGCCCUCUAUGCGCAGCUGCGUGUCGUCUUUGGCGAAGAAGAAUAG